AUGACCUCGUCGCAAUGGCACAAUACCGUCGUGCCCGCACGGCUCGCCUAUCUCGCCAUCUACAAUCCCUCUCUCGGCCUGACAGAUGAGACGUUCCCCGAUCAGCUUGUCUUCUACUACUCGCGUGCCGCCCAUGAAGCCCGUACGGCAGCCAAGAAGAAUGCGCGCGAUGACGCGGCUGGCGGCGAUGCCAUACGAGCCGGAGAGAACGAGAAACUGAGGAAUAUAGGAUUGGCGCAAGGAAUGGUAGACUUCGCGCGGUAGGUGGAUAGUCGCGUGGUGUUUAUGGGAUGCGCAGAAGUGACUGAGAGCCUAGACAGAAGCUUUUCCAAGGGACAGCCUGUUGAUUCGAUAGACACGGAAAAGAGCAGGAUUGUGUUGCAUGAGCUGGAGGAGGGCUGGUGGAUACUUGCGGUAUGACAACUUCUUGUUUCGAUGGCUUUGCGGAAGCUCACCAGGACUAGUCCAUUGACCUCACGCGUCUGCCUGGCGCAGCAAUAGCCUCCCCUGAUCCAGCAAAGACAGGCGGCGAAAAGGGCGAGCCGAAACAGUCGAUCGAAUACUCAUCCCGAGAAGUUAGUCCACCGACGUUGCUCCUCCAGCAAUUGGUGCAGGCACACCACAUCUUCACUCUACACCAUGGCCCUUCUUUGACUGAGCAAUUUGUAAGACUCCCGCGUGACAAAUUCUGUAACGCUCUGGACAGGUACUGGUCUCGAUUUGCCCGCGCAUGGUACGUUUUGCUACAUGGCAAUCCAGCUACCGAUGUCUUCGGCGGUCUCAAGCUCUCCAGCGGAGGCGAGCUUGGAAUGGGCGUGGGCGAGGAAGAGUGGGGUAGUGGCGAGAGAGAUGUGCUCGAAGACCUCACUCGAAGGACAGAUGGUCUAGUCGAUCUGGUCGUUUCCCGGUUUGGCGAGCCAGCACCUACUGAUGAUGAGAGCGUCAUGACUGAAAGCGAGGCUUUGCCAUGGCUGGGGUCCGGCAGUCAUCCGCUUGCAUCGGAUGGCGUAAUAUUCGGCGGAAUCAACGCCAUCACAAGACCUUCUCUGCGAAACGUAUCUCUCUGGAUGAGGAACAUUUACACCUAUGGCGAGUAUGCUUACGGCGUGCGCGACAACCCGCAUCGUGAGCGACGGAAACGCAGACGGCGCAAUCCAAUUCCAGAGCCGGAUCCUGAACCUGAACCUGCCCAAAAUGGAAGCCCAGAGCGGUCAAAAGGUACAAGAGAGGUCAGUGCCGGUGAUUACAAAAGGCGGGUCGAAAAAAAGGGCGAACAGCAAGGCAGACAGACCGUUCAGGGUCUGGAAACCCAGUCUGCGGGCAAGAGUGCCUCCGAUGCUCCAGAUGAAAUGCGAGGUCCUGGAAUACCUCCACCAAUUGUGACCGCAGUGCAACAGUCUCUGGAUGACGCAACAAAGAAAGCAGAGAAAGCAGAUCAGGAGGGCAGUCAAAGUCGACAGACGUCCGAAGAAGAUUUAGGCACCACAUUAGGCAUUCCAGACCAAUAUAUGAAGUAUCUGACUUUCGGCUUGAGUACCCUUGCGAAGCCAAGCGCACCGAAACGACCGGAGAAUCUGCAGAGAAAAUCCGAAGCUAGUUCUAUGACCAUCAGAGGGCAACAGACAGACGCGAUCUCGAGGCUCAAGGUGCAGGAAGAAGUAGCUGACACUGACGACGAUGGACCCGCACUUGCACAGAUGGACCCCGUGCCCGACGGGCAGACUUUGCAUGACAAGAUUGCCAAACAAAAGCGACAAGAAGAGAAGGGCCAGUUUGUGGUUGGCUUGAAAGGCGAUCUUGACAGCAUUCCCGAUGAUCCUGAUGCCAGUGUUGAAGUUGUUGACGAAGGGUCUUGGGGGUUGCGCAAUAUCUUCAGAACGCUGCAGAUCGAGGUCAUUCCGUCGCCAACAAAAGAAGAGGAUAGAACAGACUUGCAGAAGAAGCUUGACGAAGCUGGCUUGCAAUCUGGUACAAACGACCCUCUCAACUUCAAGAGACUGCGCGUACUGGUUUACGUGCAUCGCCCGUUCAUGUACUGCUUCCUAUUCGAGAACCGCACUCCAUCGCUCUCUCUGGCUCGAUUCUACAAGGAUCUUCAUAGCAAUCUGGCGCCAAUUCAAAAGCCGCUCCUGGCUUCCACCAGUGUGGAAAGAAUUGCGCAGCGUAUUGCAGAUGCCCAAGAACCGGCGACUACCACCACUACUCCGGACGAUGCAAGUGUACUGACCGGCAAUAAAUCAAAGAAGCCAGCUGAGCCGAAGCCUAUCUACGACUUGAUCUUCGAUCCCGCACUGCUUACUGUGCACACCAGCAUACCCAACAUUCCCGAGCCCGGCACACCAGCUGCUGAAGGAUUCGUCGCGAAUAAGAAAGACCCUCGCAUUCCCCAUGCUCCAGAUUGGACCAGGAUCGAAGCGCUGAAUGUUCACAGCCAGAUUCUGAACACACUUGUAAGCACGCAGCGAAAUCUGCAUGAGUACGAAAGGACCAGCAAGACAAGUCGAGGGUGGUGGGUGGUAUGGAUGAAGCUAUCGCCGUCAAUAUCCCGCGAGACUGCGACGAAGCAAGAUGCCGAGGCGCAACAGGACACUGCGAAGCAACCCGGGAUGGAAGAAGACGCAGAUCAAAUCGGCCAGGGCGAUUCCGUCUCCACUGUACCAUUGGAAGCGCAGGAGUCCGACAGUACUCUACAGGCUUCGAAGUCGAGAGAGUGGUUCGAGUCGACCGCGACAACCAAGAAAGAGGAGCUCUCGAUGAAUCGCAUAGCCGUCCUGGUGCGAAAGGCAACGGAUGCUGCGAAUCCAGCCAAGGCCAGCACGACCAGUAGAGCUGUGAGCAGCAUGUGGCAGUCUCUGUCCCUCAGAUCUACUUCGACCUCCGAUGACCGCACGGGCGGCGCUGAUGCAGGUUGGGGGCCUGCUGCGCUUGCCGGCGGUAUCGGAUUCGAUCCGAGGAAGUAUGUGGAAGGACUCUUGCAGCUGAGUAGAUGA